UUUCAUUGAUCGUUAGGUAAGGCUCUCAAUACUGUCUCUGUAUCAACGUGCGAAGGACUAAUUUAUCAAAGGUGGGCUAAAGUGUGUAUAUAUAGCAGUUGGCAAUGAUAUGAAUGUGCACUAACAUUACUACAGUCUUAAAACCAUGAACUAAUUUAUGUGUGGUUAGUAGUUUCUGUUAUUAUUUUGCUGCUGAUCUGUUAAUUAAAAUUACCACAGGAGAUAUUUAAAGCAUCAAUAUUUCUACAACUGGAAGAGGAGACGUCUGUUAAAGAUCUGGAAAACGAAAUAACGAUUUUUGGGAAGAUAUAAAGCAUCUAUUGACAGCGAUGGUCGACUUUUACUUACAAGCAAUCUAUAUACUGACAGGACUAUUUUCAUAUAUUGCCUCAUCAACAGCAACCGACACCAUAAAAUCAACAGGCAAACAUGCUGACUUGAUCCACCAUCUAGACACUGUGAACAACCAACUCCAUGCCUUGUCCAGAAGUAUUCGAAGUGCUCAUUCUGAUUUUACGAGACAACAGGAAGACGUUUGCAGAUAUUUUGCUCCAAUGUCUGAUACGAUAUGUGGACUACAAUCGGCGGAUAAUAGCCUGACAAGGAGUGAAGCCUUAGAUCAGGCUAUCCACGGCAAGUUCUCGCCUGGUAAACGAUCAGAAGAUGAUUUCACGGAACUCUCACAAAAGAGAAUACUGCUUGAUGAUAUUAUGCAGAAACAAGAUCUUUUAGAAAAACUUCAAAGAAUUGUAGACGCCGCACAGUCGACCGUGCAAAACGAAAGGAAACGAAGCUGCAACCUUAACCUUGGAUUUCACUGUCAGACAGAGCAAUAUUCUGCGAUUGCUGACAUGUAUAACUGGCUGCAGAGCUCGCUAAGUCCAGGGAAAAGAAGGAGGCGGGACACCCGUGCGAAACCGGAGCUCCGGCAAAAACUGACGAUUACUAAAUAACUCUGGAGCAACAAAAGAUGUACAAAGUGUAACAGAUUGUGCAUAUUUUUAACAAUAUUGGAAAUAGUUCGCUUAAUGUAGCAAGCAUGUCAUUUGUGUAAUUUACGUUGCAGUAUGCAAACAUAUUUUAUGCAGUUUUAUCCUUAUCAAAAGACGGACUAUUUUAUCAGUUCUAAUGUAGUAACUGUAAAAAGACGGCAGUUCAAUCCGCUGUGAUCUUUAACAAUCAACAUCGUAUGGCGAAAUUCAAAUGACAGCCUCUCUACAUCCGAAUCACUUAUUCCUUGUAAAACUAGAGAUGUGUAAUGUAAAAAUAAAUACUUGAUCUCGA